UCAGGUUCACAAGUAGGAACAAUCAUAGCCUUCCAGCUAUCAGGACUGUUUGCUGGUAGUCCAGUCUUAGGCUGGCCAGUGUCCUUCUGGCUAUUUGGAGCUCUGAGCCUGGUCUGCUGUGGUCUACUGGGCUGGCUCGGAGUCGCCAGUCCUCAUGAACAUCCCACCAUCACUACUGAAGAACUGGCGUAUAUUAUGGAAGAUGGAGCCGUUGAUAUUGUGCCUAAGAAACGCAAGACUCCUUGGAAGCACAUCCUGACCUGCAAGGCGGUGUGGGGGCUUGUGGCAUCUCACGCCGGUAGUGCUGCCAGCUACCUGCUGAUCCUCACCGAAAUACCUCUGUACAUGAACCACAUACUACAUGUAGACCUGAAAAGGAAUGGAGUUUAUUCAUCGUUGCCAUACAUCGCGUUGUACGUUAUGGCUAUGUUCUUCGGAUAUGCUUCUGACUACGCGGCUACCAAUAAAAUUAUGUCUGUAGUCAAUAUCAGGAGGACGGCUAAUAGUAUAGCAAUGGCAGGCUCAGGAGUAUUUCUGUUCGCGUUCAGCUUCGUGAACGACACCACGCUGGCGGUGUGCGUGCUUAUCAUAGCACAUGGUUUGCACGCUGGCGUCCAUGUUGGAUUUCAUAUAAACCAGAUCGACUUGGCUCCAAACUUUGCAGGACCUAUCAUGGCGCUCGGCAACAUGAUCGCGAAUCUCACCAGUCUGUUGGUACCUGUGAUCGUUUCCAACGUCGUGAAGGAUGAUGUGACGAAUCACCGCAAAUGGCAGUACGUGUUCAUGAUAUUUGUGGCUAUCAUGAUCAUCACCAACACCAUAUUCGUCGUUUUCGCCAAGGGAACUGUGCAGCCAUGGAACUUCUAUGGUGAAGACGAAAAUGAAGGUGAGAAGGAACUGGGUGCUCUAGAAGAUAAGAACUCGACCAAAGAAAAGGAAAGUUUGCAAGAUUCUAUACGACAAUGAUAAUAAAAUUAAAUAAUGUAAAUUAUUAUACUAAUUUAGGAAAUAAUAAAUAAUAGCGAAAUAA